AUGGCUGACCCUUUAUCUAUCGCCGGGAGUGUAGCCGGAAUCCUUUCGCUCGGUAUCGAAAGCUGCAAGCUGAUCGUCAAGUACUGCGAUGACAUUCGCGGCGCCGAUGACCAGAUCGAUUCGAUAGCGUUGAAGGCUGGUGGUCUUUUAUCAACCCUCCAACAGAUUGAUACUCUUUUGAAAGAAACCGACGGGGUUCAUCCCAAAAUUGCCAGCGAUAUACGAGAAAAAGUCCUGCAAAAUGAAACCUGGAUUACGAAAAUCAACGAACGAGUUGCGCGGCUGUCUAUUGCGACGUCGAGCAAUGGCUUGAGCGACAAGCUGCGCAGCACUGCUAAGAAGGCUGCAUAUCCUUUGAAAAAGGAUUCUCUUCUUAGUACAGUUGAGAUACUACAGGGGUUGCAGAUGAAUUUACAUACAGCAUUGCUUACCCUACAAAUUCAGCAUGCAUCGGCCCUUAGCAAACAAACAGAACUGAUAGAGCGAGUGGAAAGCUUGGUACUGGUGCGAACUGGCCAGCUGGGGUUGGACAUGGGCAGGAUGGAAUUGGCAAUUCGAAACUCGUCAACAACAUCUCAACAGCAGCAAGUUUUGCUUGCUAGAGAGACACACGGAAUGAGUGAAAGACAAGAGUCUAGUAUACCGUGCGUGUGUUCAAACAAAGUGACGCCUUUCGGUCAUGAUAUGGAAAUCCGUCGGAAGUGCCCACGACAUAAGCAUUCCACGCACACAAAAACACAGUCGAAGUCCUUUACCUUCACCAGCUCCUGGUUUGGAUUCUCAAUCGAGGCAGUGAUGUCCAUCUCAAAGAGAGCGAAUGGGCUCUCAAUUACCCCAACUCUCAACUUCCACGCGAUUGUCCCGUAUGGUUCCCCUGCAUUUAAGCUUGUGCGGAGAUUACCGAAACGGAGCCGGACGGCUCAAGAGAUUGCGAGUCAUUUUAACUGGGUUGUACAAGAGUUACAACGGCUCUUUGAUCAAGGCCGUGCAACUCCAUUUGAUAGGACUAAAAAUGGCGACACAUUGCUGCAUGUCACAGCCUUUUGCUACUCUUUCUACUAUUUAGAAAAGCCCGUGUGGAAUCUAAUAAAGUACCUUGCCGAAGCCGGUUGUCCCAUAAACGAAACAGGCACAGGCGGUGACCUUGCAAUAAAUGUAAUAAUUGAUUUUCCGGAUGAUAGGAAAAUAUAUGCCUCACGUUUCUUAACGCUUGGUGCUGUGUUGACGGACUCCAGUUUACAAAUCUGGAAUGGUAUAAAGACAGUGGAGCGUAUCUGGUCCAACAAUAGAGAAGCAUUUUUCGUAUCCGAUGUCACUGAAGCUGUUCUAUCACAUUCAGAGAACAUGCUGAAGCAUCAUUUGGCGCUCAUGAGGAGCGACGAACAGAAGCUAUUUGGGUUAUAUAAUCUCUGCCUUUACUGGACAAACGGAAUCCGCAUUCUCCAUGAGGCUGGUGGGGAGAUAUCAACAUCUGAGAAAAAUAAUCUGCUUUUGAGGGCAGUAACAAACGACCUCACUGAAGUCGCGCAGGCCCUUGUGGACAUUGGAGCUGUGGCUGAUAGCCGACUCAUAGCUCUGUCCAGGUCGGAGCAAGUGGAGGAUAUCCUGAUCCAAGACCGGAUUUCCAAAGGAGAGCACCUUUUGAUGCUUGCUAGAACGGAGUUACCACCACAUGUCCAACUAAAGCUUGAGCUACAAAAUGGCCAACUUCCUGACCGAAAGGCGCAGUGCAUUGUUCUUGAACUGGAAUCUCGUGGGAUCCCCAUCGACCCAUGGUUCAAACACUAUAAUGAACAGCCUGUAUUUUGUGAAAGAAAUCUGCAGCCGGACCAGAUGGAGCGGUUGUUCCAGGCUGGUUUCCGAGAUGUGGACGCGCCUGAUAGUCGUGGAUAUACCCCCUUGAUGCAACCCAGGCACUAUUAUUCUUCAUUCGACAGCCUGCGGAUUACUAUCGAGAGGACGCGGUGGCUAAUCAACAAGGGUGCGAGUCUCAACGUCAUCUGUGAAAGUAAUAAACUACCAGCCCGCAAUUUCGUUAUCCUUAACAUCGUGGCCGUGAUGCUGCGAUUUUCGGCGGGAAGUCCCUUACAUGGGGAUCCACCCGCCGAGGAUUGGGAUACCAAGCUUGCUAAAAUAUGCUCUCUUCUUACGUCCCAAAGAUCUUUCUUAGAGCAAAUCCUGGGAUCCGAAAGAACAAAUGAAACUCCUUGUUUCUGCUCUGUACCGAAGGGCUCUCUCCUAUCGAUGGCCCUUUGCCUUGCCACGAAUAUUGCCUUUUCCCCAUUGUAUAAAACCAAGACCAACACAACAGUCCGAAAGUCGCUAGGUACAGUCUAUGAGGCUUUCUUGACUAAGAUGCGAAUAGAACCUCGAACUGCUGAUGACAUUAUUCGGCUCUUGACUUUUACUGACCUCGAGCUCACCCAUACCUGCUACCAUAUAGAGAUUGACUCGUUGGUCCGGGCCUUGAAUCCGUUCGACGAAGAGGAUGCCGUGGAAAUCCACGAUGAAGAGAGACACAUGAUAGAAGAACUCGAGAACCUAGUGGUGGAAUUGCAACGCGAGUAUGAGGCGUUGGGGAUCCCGUUGUGGGAGUAUAUCCAGCUACACUGGUGUGAUCGGAUGAGCGACUACCUUGAGAAACAUGGAGAGAGUGUCACUGAUACUUCCAUGUGCAGUAUCCUGAGGCCGAGUGUGUUGGAAACCUAA